GCCACCGCCCACCACCUCAAACCUCUCGCAGCCGCUCAAUCGAACAGCCACCGGUCCUCUCCUCUCCUCUCCUCCUCUUGCCACCAUCAGCAACACCACAUCGACCAUCGGCAUUGAGGUUGUCGGAGGUGAACGAGAUCGAUGGGUGGCGGCCGGCUGCAGGGCGAGCAGUUGAAGCAACUGCGCAACAUAUUCGACCGCUUCGACAUGGACGGGGACGGCAGCCUGACCCAGCUGGAGCUCGCUGCCCUCCUCCGCUCCCUCGGCCUCAAGCCCGACGGCGACCAGAUCCACGCGAUGCUCGCAGGCAUGGACGCCAACGGCAACGGCACCGUGGAGUUCGACGAGCUCGCGGCGGCGCUCGCGCCCGUCAUGACCGAGCAGGCCAUGGUCGACCAGAAGCAGCUCCUGGAGGUCUUCCGCUGCUUCGACCGGGACGGCAACGGGUUCAUAUCGGCGGCGGAGCUGGCGCGGUCCAUGGCGCGCAUGGGCCAGCCUCUGACCUUCGUCGAGCUCACCGACAUGAUGCAGCAGGCCGAUGCCGACGGCGACGGUGUCAUCAGCUUCGAAGAGUUCGCCGCCGUCAUGGCCAAGUCCGCCGCCGAAUUCCUCGGCCUCACCCUCGUCUCCCAUUGAUGGCUGUUGAUACUGUUACCAUUACUAUUUCUUUUGGUUUUGGCAGCAGUGGAUUGGAGUGGAGAUCAAUAAAUGUACAGAAGCAGAAGAUGAUAUAAUGGAGUUAGGAUCACGUACAAAGCAUUCGAUGAAUCCAUACUUCUCAUUCAUCGUUC